AAUUUGUAUAUCCACCUUGUGAUUUGUAUCCGCUUCAACAUUUUAUGGGUUCUUCCUUGGCUAUGCUACACUCUUCCACCAAGUGUCAUGAAGGUUGGGCCAGUAGUUCUUCUAUAAUCCUGCUGAGAAACACGCAAACAAACCAACCCUAAAACAUAAAUAAAUAACAAACAAAUAAAACCACUAAACACAUACAGUAGGUAAUAGUGUUAUCGUUAGAAACGGUAUGGACUUCACCCAGAGAACCAAUGAAAGGGCUCCAAAGUUUCCUAAUAUCCUCAAGUCUAUCCUUCACAUGAAACCUUUCAAAGGUGGAGGGUACAUUACAAAUCAUUUAUCCACAUGUUGUUCUGAUGUUGUCCUGUGAUGUAGUAGUUUCCUUGACAUUAUAAGGCCAUAAGCCCUUGACUGUUUAAAGAGCAGGCAUUUUAACUUGUCAUAGCAGAAAAGGAAAAGGUGUUACUGAUAAACGAUGGCAUCUUUCUAUUCAAAUAUCAAAGUGAGCCAUGUAUGUCAUUCAGAGAGCCAUUGCUAACUUUAUUCAUUACACCUGCACUGUUGCUGCUCUGACAAGUCAUAAUGUCUGCUGUAAGAAAAAUCUUACCCAGAGUCAGAUGACAAAAUCAUACAUUUAAAGAAAUGCUUCACUCCCAAAAUGACUAUUUGAUUCUCAAUUACGCACCUCGUUGAACAAGACUUUGUUUCUCUCACAUGCCUCCACGGUGAACCAAGAAUCCAAAAACAGAGAAAAGUCUUGAUGAAUUGAAGUAAAUGGGGGCCGUGUUUAACAUCAGCAAAACAAUAUCAAAACAUCAGUUUACAAACUCUCACACAACCCGUGCAGUAUAAUCCAAGUCUCAUUUAUCCAGUCGUGUGCUCUCUACUUUCUCCAGAAUCUCUCUAUUCACUAAAAAACUUCUGCAUAAGCAGUCUCACGUCCGUGCAAGUACUGUUUUGCUUUUGUUAAAUGCGGCCCCCAUUAACUUGAAUACAUCAAGAAUUUUCCUAUUUUUCUUCCUUCUUUCAUUGCGGAGGCAUGUAAAAAAAGUUUUCUUCAAGAAAUCAAGGUAACAAGUGGUGAGUAAUUGAUAUACAAAUAAAUAAUUUUGGAGGUAAAGUAUUCCUCUCAUCGUAUCAGGUACAGAGAUUGAUCAAGGAACUGGUUAGCCUAGCUUAGUGCACAGACUGGAAGCAAAAGGAAACGGUUAGUAUAACCCUUCACAAACAGACGUGAAUAGGAUGUACUUAGUUUUCUUAUUUACAUCACAUGUAGCAAACGACCCACCAACACAUCCAUGUUCAGAGUUAGAUGUGGCAGCACUAACAACUUUCAACUGCACUGUGAUAGAACUUUUGAGCCUUUGCAUAAAGUCGCUGGUCCCAGUGAUUGUUGCUUAAGAAAUAGCUCAUACACCUACCUUAAACAACAAUGUCUACGUCUGUGUGUAUCUUUUUCUCUAUGUGUGUGAAAUUAACAAGAUGCAAUGUGAAAUAGAAAACUUUGUAGUUGCUGGAAGAGAUGUUUUUCACUUACUGUGUUUCAUCUUUAAGCUAAGGUUAAACAUGUUCCAGAACGGUCCCAACCUACAGGCUGAUAAUGCACGAGUUGCAGGUCAACAUGAGAAUCAAUCAAAAACAACUUCACAUUUUCGAGCUGACCUCAAAUUAGGGAGGUUAUUUUCCCAAUCUCUACAGACCUUUCAGUCAUUUUGCACAGUGUAUCUUCCACAUGGGAACAUCAAACAGGACAUACUUAUUUUAAAACAUCACCAAAAUGUCACACGCACACGCACACACACACAAACUAAUACUCCAAGUAAAAUGAAUGUGAAUUAAAAAAAAGAACUCAAUGUUAAGCCUUGUACUUCCUUAAAGGCAUGAGAGAAGAAGACAAACUAGAAUCUAAGUCAACACAACGUCACGUCAGAAUAUAAUCACCUAUAUAACAGCAUCAUAUAACUAGGUAAACACAACUGUUUCUUCAAAGUCAUAUUUCUUCUCUGAUGGGAUGACAGUCUUUUGACAGUUUCUGGGAGGGACAGCACCCAAAUCCUCUUUACUAAGGUCCCUCUGACAACAGUGCGUCUCCUUCUGACAAUACAAAGAUACCAAUAGUGGCUGUUUAAAUAACCUCAAUAUAAAAUAGAAAUACAUAGAUAAUUCACAUAUACUCAGAGUAUUCAAGAAGAUUCAUUCAGUUACUUGAGUUCUUUAACUUUGAUGGAGGCCUGAUGGUGUUCACACUGCCAGAGAAUUUCCUCCAUCGACUGCAUUUUGUUUGGUUUUACAGCGCCACCCCGUGGCCAAAUGUGUACAUUGAGUUUAUUGUGACAGGUACUUUUAUUUCUUCUGUAUUUAAAAUAAAUUGCAAAUAAAAGACGAUAGGCGACAAAAGAAGGGGACAUCGAUAACAUACACGUGUGAUGAGGUCUUAUUUACAUAAUGCAAGAACUCUAUUCAACAAUGUAAUAUUGAAGAAAUAUAUUAAGAAAUAAAAAGUAUGUAGAAAAGGGGACAUAUUUCUAAAACAACCAAAAGAUGAUUCUACCUAAAUAUAUUGGUAUGUCAGUCAAAUAUCGGCAUUUAGAUGCGUACCCCAUUUACUGUUUUGUAUUUCCAGAUUUUACUUUUUGUCAUGUUUUAUAGAUAAGGUAGACAUACAGUCUAUGGGUAAGAUAAAGGUGAGUAGAAAUAUCAGUGAUGGCUAAAUAUGUUUAAUAGAUACAUACACAUAUGUAUGUUUAACCUAAAUGAUAUUGACAAGGUGAAUGAGUUUUGUAUAAUUUGUAUUUAAGUGGUUAGUUUCCCGCUAUGAUAAUCGAGUAAUUAAAUAGAUGAACCCAGUCUGUUGUAUGCCUGCGGAACUAACGUUAUACGACUGUGCUCGUGUUUCUGCCCGGCGUUAUUUUGUACUUGGACACACACUCACCCACCGCUGUAACUGCCAAAGUAUAUUGAGCGUAUUAUUUUGUACAUGUAGUUAUAGUUUAACUCCAGUGUUGGAAAUAUGUUCGCGUGAAUAUCACAACUAAAACAGCCAACAUGGCGGAGUCCAAGGACUUGAAGCUGGACUUCACUCUGAAAGAACUGACUUUGUCCUGUGAGGCUGAAGAUGUCGAUGUUCCUGGCAGCUCGUCCAGCGUGGAGCUGCAGGACAACAAAUUGGUGUGUGUGGAGUAUCCGGCGGUUGUCAGCAGUGUGGACAAGAUGCUGGAGACUCUCGGGGGUGAAAAAGCAGUGUCCAAAACCUUUGCUCACCCCAACAGACGUCUUGAGCUGCGUUACCGACCUCAGGACCCUUUCUGUCACUCCCUUUGUGGAAACCGCUUCCCAUCAAGCAACCUUGUCCUCAGAGUGAGGCGGCGGGUGCGAAAAAAGGACCCCAAAGACGCUGAGAUCCAGAUGGAAAUACUCGGUGUCAUAGGAACGACAUACAAAUUCCAAGGGAUGGCAGACUUUCAGUGCCUCGCCGUGCAUUCAGAAGGUGGAAAAGACACGUCUUUGUACGAAAAGAUUAUCCUUCGCAAAUCAGAGAAUCAAGAGUUCUUUGAGAAUCCCAUGCCCCUCUUCCUUCCCCCGGCCAGCUUCUCACGCCUUGACUGCCCUGUGGAUUAUUAUUUCCGGCCUGAUGUCUAUCAAAAUUCACCCCAGGUGCCCCUCAACAAGAACAACUUUAUUGGUUUGAAUCGAGCUCGCCGGCCCCACAACGCCAUCUUUGUCAGCUUCAAUGAGCCCACUGUGCCCGCCGAGUGCCUCGAGGCAGCCAAGCUCAACUGGGUGCGAGUCUGCGUGAAGGAGAGCGACAAGCAGGCGGAGGAACAAUUGAGAAAGAUGUUUGAGAGCCGGCCCAUCUGGUCACGGAACGCGGUCAAGGCCAAUAUCAACAUCCACCCUGAUAAACUGAAACUGCUGCUGCCCGUCUUCGCCUACUAUAUGGUGACAGGGCCGUGGAGAAGUCUGUGGGUGAGGCUGGCCUAUGACCCCCGAAAGAGCACAGACUCCAAGAGGUACCAGAUACUAGACUUCAGGAUCCGCUGUAGCACCAAGCACGGGUAUUCAUUAUCUGACAUGCCAGUGAAAGCCAAGAGGAGUGCCCUUAACUACAGCCUGCCUAUCACAUUCAACAAAGCAGGUCCCCAGGCGGCUAGUGUGAUGGAACUUCCAGCUCAAGAGAGUCCCGGCACCAGUCGAGAUCCUGUCCCAAUCUCCUACCAGCUGAAGGAGUCUUCCUACAUUUUCAGAGAGGGCAUGCUUCCCCCUCACAGACAAAUGUUUUACCAGCUCUGUGAUUUGGAUGUGGAAAGUAUCAAACAGGUAGUUGAGAAGAUGGGCGAUGAUGAGCAGGCAUGUGACGAGCGGGACGGCUGGUGUGUUCUCGGCACUACAGAUAAGCUGCGGGACAUGAUCUCAGCCAUGAUCAAGAAGGUCAUCCGAGCCCAGAAACCAUCAUUGCCAGAAUUCCCCAAGAGACGCAGACGCAGGGGCCUUUCAAAAUCCCCAGGGAGAGACGCAGAAACAGAGGAAGAGGUGCAGGACAACGAGAACAAAGAUGAUGAAGACGAAGAUGAGGACGACGAGUUUCUGCCGUCGGAGGGCAGUGAAAACGAGAUGGAGACAGAAAUUCUGGAUUACAUUUAACAAAAGACAACCAUUUUGAUGACAUUAAUCUUGACUGUUAAUAUUAAAUUUACAUCGUUCCUGUUAAAGGUGAUAUGUUUGAAUUAUGUUUGAGUUAAGUGUAAAUAAAAGUAUUUCUACUGGUUUCA